AUGGGCGCGCAUGCAUUUGCUCCGCUUGUGCGCCCACCAUCGCCGAGUUCCCACCUCUUCCAUAUUCUAUCUCUAUUAGCAAUAACGGGCAUAGGAACACCGGUAUCAGGACUCACAGAGGAUGAGGCCUUGCUAAAGCUCAAGUCAUCUCUCACGAAUAUGGAGGCUAUUUCCAACUGGAACCCUUCUAAUGCUCCGUGCUCAGAUAAAAAAUGGAUUGGCGUCAUCUGUGAACAUGGCAAAAUAUGGGGAUUAAAGCUGGAAAAUAUGGGUCUAGGCGGCACCAUUGAUAUUGAUGCGAUUUCUCAAUUGCCUGAGCUAAGGACCCUGAGCUUUAAAAAUAACGAGUUUGAGGGUCCAAUCCCAGAUUUUCGUCGUCUGCCUAAACUGAGAUCCGUUUACCUGUCUAACAAUAAAUUUUCUGGUGAUAUUCCUGACGAUGCCUUUGCUGGAAUGGAUGCUUUGAGGAGGAUAAUCCUGGCAAACAAUGCCUUCACCGGCAAGAUACCAUCAUCUCUCACCUCGCUACCCAUCCUUGUUGAGCUGAAACUAGAUGGCAACCAAUUCCAAGGCACCAUCCCGGAAUUUCAUCAAAAAAUCUUGCCAAGCAUCAAUAUGGCUAACAACCAAUUGGAGGGUCCGAUACCUGCAAGACUCAUGCACCUCAAUCCAAAGCUCUUUUCAGGCAACCAGGGACUGUGUGGGGCCCCUCUUAAGCCAUGCACAGGUAAUACAGGGGGUACAGUACUUAAAAACAUAGCCAAUUCAUCAAGUAAAGCCACUAUUAUUGUGCUAGUUGUACUACUUGCACUAGUGAUCUUGGCAGCGACCAUCCUAAUAGUAUAUCAGAGGAAACGCAAGGCAAAGCUAGAGAAACUAGAUAGUUUGCCAUCUCAACAUGGCAACCAUUUUGUAGAUACACACAUGACACCAAACGAGGAGCGCCCAAGAACCAUAAAGAAGCGAUCGGAACCAGGGAAGCUAGAUUUCGUGAGAGAUGACAGGAAAAAGUUUGACCUCUCUGAACUGUUAACUGCAUCAGCAGAGGUGUUGGAGAGCGGAAAUUUUGAGUCUUCCUACAAGGUGGAGGUAUUUGCAGGAGAGCUCUUGGUGGUGAAGAGGUUUAGGCAGAUGAGCAGAGUGAGAAGGGAUGAAUUUCAUGAGCACAUUUGGAAAAUGGGCAAGUUAAGACAUCCAAAUGUGCUAGCUUUAGUUGCAUGUUACUAUAGAAAAGAAGAGAAGCUUCUUAUCUUUGACUUUGUUGACAACGGAAGCUUGGCUAGUCACCUUCAUGGAAAACAUACUACGAAGGAUGAAGUAUUUGAUUGGCCAAUGCGGUUGAAGAUUAUCAAAGGAGUAGCAAGGGGGUUGGCUUACCUUUACAGUGAGCUCCCAAGCUUAAUAGUGCCCCAUGGAUAUCUCAAAUCAUCGAAUGUACUUCUCGAUUAUUCAUAUGAACCCCUUCUCAUGGACUACGCCCUCAAACCUUUGAUCAACGCAGAGCAUGCUAAACAGCUCAUGGUUGCCUACAAGUCACCAGAAUAUGCUCACCUUGGCCGUCUUACAAAGAAAACUGAUGUUUGGAGCCUUGGCAUUCUUAUACUGGAAGUGCUAACUGGGAAAUUCCCGACCAACUUCCUUGCUGUCGGAAAUGUCAAGGGUGAAAACCUAGUGGCCUGGGUAAAUGAUAUAGUUAAUGAAGAGGAAAAGGGAGUAGACGUGUUUGAUAAAGGGAUGGGAGGUACUCGUUUCAGCAAGGUUCAAAUGAACAAACUUUUGAAGAUUGGGUUUGGUUGUUGCCAUGAGAAUGUAGAUGUAAGAUGGAGCAUAAAAGAGGCUGUUCAAAAGAUUCAAGAGAUCAAAGAGACAGACGAGCUCAUUUAA